AUGGGAGUCAGUGUUGUGACCACAGAGAGACUUGUGCUCGGUGGGAAAGUGUUGACGCUGGGUGGCUCGCUUGUUUUGGGUGUCCUCAGCAUUUUGCAAUAUCGUCAAACAGCCAAUGCAGCUGUUGCUCGCAACAAAUCCAAUGUGUAUCGGGAUCGCGAUGGAGUCGCCUUAUCAGAAUCAUCAUUAUCUCAAAGAACAGGGAGACUACUUUGGAAUACUUGCCUUGUGGUAUUCGUUAUAUUAGGAACUGGAUUUGCGACGUUACAAGCCUACCUUUUCAUGGGAUGCAACCAGGGUCAGGAGAAUUUGAAGCUACGAAACUUGAUACAGGUCGGAACAUGGAUCUGUUUCUUACUUCAUAGUUGUGCACUCGCGGGGGAGUCGACGAGCCCGAAGCGACACACCAUGGCUAGGAGCACUAGCAUAUGUUGUGUGCCUGUUUUAAUCCUCCUUUACCUCGAAGCACACUACGGUCGAAAAUGGACACAUGGAUCGGACAUGAAUACCGGACUUACCGUUGCUCAGGCUGUUGUUUGCAUGGCAAUAUUCGGUCUCGGAAUUUCCCUUCGUCGCCGACCGGAUGUGUUCGUCGGCGCAAAGAUGGUCGAUCGGGAGUACACAUGCUCAUUGAUCAGCCAGUGGACCUUUUCAUGGCCAGGCUAUCUGGUCGGCUUCAUCAACGGAAAAGAUGGUAUAACACUCGAUGACCUUCCUGUCCUCGGCAUUGAGAACCGAGCGAAGUCUCUUCUUACGAAGUUUGCGCGUGCCAGAGAUACACUCAGUAACCGCAUGUCCAGCUGCCCCUCAUUGUGGAGGAUACUGAUGCUGGCGAACCUCAAGCAAGUGACAUUGCAGUUUAUACUCACCGUUCUGCUCUGCUUCGUGAUGUUUACGCCGCAUUUUGCACUAAUGCGACUUCUUCAACUUUUGGAGCCUGACUCUGAAGCUUUGCCUGACCGUACAGAUCUUUGGGUCUGGAUUAUCGCGUUUGGACUUCUUACGAGUUGUUUCUCUCUUCUCGAGAAUUGGGUGCAUUGGAUUUGCCAAAACAAGGUCGCCAUUCGUAUUCAAGAACAGCUUACAAUCAUGAUCUACGACAAAGCGAUGCGCCUGGGUGGCCUCGGUACAGUGCCAGGCGACGGAGGUGAAACGACACAUCAGGGGAGGAAGCCAACAAGCACAAGCACUCAGAACAUGACCAAUCUUAUCGCUGUGGACGCCCAUCGAAUCUCAAAGUGUGCGGCUAUUUUACCCCGUGUCGCAACCGUACCAUUGAGGAUAGUCGUUGCCUGCUGUAUCCUGGGGCAUCUUCUUGGCUGGGAAAGCUUCUUAGCAAUAAUCGCGAUAUUAACCACGAUGGUACCACUGAAGUUCUGGUGCUUCCGAAAGUACAUGACGACUGAAGGGGAUCUGAUGUCACAACGUGAUCGUAGGACUUCUGCCGUCAACGAAGCCCUGCGCGGCAUCCGCCAGCUCAAAAUGUCAGCCAUGGACAAAAAAUGGGAACAAAAGAUUGAUAUUUUGCGCACAGUUGAGCUAUAUACUCAAAGGAGAGCAUUUACUCUGGCGACAGUGGGUGUUUCCAUCCAGCUACUAGGCUCCGUCAUGCUCUCUGCAUCAGCCCUUGCAAUCCACGCCGUAUUUCAUGGAAAUUUGAAAUCAUCAGUCGCAUUCACUGCUCUUGCGAUCCUAGGCUCUAUUGAUAUGAUUUUGUUCUCUCUUCCCGAGUUGAUCAUUGAGGUGUUAGAUGCGGUGGUAAGUCUGCGAAGGAUGGACCGUUUCUUCCAGCGAGAUGAACGAGUCAUGCAACACAUUGUGUCCGACAAGAUAUCAUUCGAGAAUGUCACCGUAACGUGGAAGCAAGAACAUAGCCUAACCAAGGACAGGUGGGCUCUUAAUGGGUUAUGUCUUGAUUUUCCAAACCAUGGGCUCACCGUCAUCACUGGCCCUACUGGCAGUGGUAAGAGUUUGUUGCUUGCUGCAAUUCUAGGCGAAUGUGACAUCAUCAAGGGCACAAUAAAAUCUCCAAUAAUGAUGGCGCCUAUUUCACAAGUCGAGAGUCUCGAAAUAGAGGAUGAAUGGAUUCAACCCUUUUCUAUGGCAUAUGCAUCCCAGGAUCCCUGGAUCGAAGCAAUCUCAAUCAGGGCAAACAUUUUGUUCGGUCUACCGUUCAGCGGACAGCGGUACCACCAGGUGUUAUUCGAAUGUGCACUACUUCAAGAUCUGGAAAGUAUGCCCUGUGGGGAUUUGACCGAAGUAGGCAACGAUGGGUUUAAUCUCAGUGGAGGUCAGAAAUGGCGAAUCGCUCUCGCCCGUGUUCUUUAUUCCCGUGCUGGCAUUCUCAUAUUGGAUGACAUUUUCAGUGCAGUCGAUGUUCACACAUCGAGGCAUAUCUAUGAACAUGCACUGACGGGUGAUCUGGCAGCGGGGCGCACGCGUGUGCUUGUUACUCAUCAUCUUGGACUGUGUUUGCCCAUGGUGGACUAUAUCAUCCGUCUUCAAGGAGGCGAAGCUCAAUAUGUAGGAAGUGUCACAGAGCUAGAGGGGAUGGGCGUGCUUGACAGCCUACUGGGAUUGGAACGCUUGUGUAUUCCCCGGAAGGCGGAUUACUAUGAGCGCACAGCACCUACAGUCGAGCUGCACCAGGACCCAAGUUUUGUCCAUGGAGGCUCAUUUGCUAUUACUGAACGGGAUAAGGUAGGAAUGCGGAAUGUUAUAUCGCAAGAGUCUCGGCAACAGGGAGCCAUUAAACUUUCACAUGUGCAGCAUUAUAUUCGGAAAUGUUCUCAGUGGCCCUCCCUAUUAUGUGUCGUUGCCUGCUAUUUUGCAUACAGUGGUCUGCUCCUCGCGCGGAAUUGGUGGGUAAAAUUGUGGAGUGACAACAGAGACGUUUCUUCCUUUGGCGGGCAGCGUUUACAUCAAGUCUAUGCACUUGGCUACCAAUCUAUGGCGUCCAAUGGAAUUGACUCCCACACAGCCUUCUUUGUUAGUACAUAUCUGGCUUUAUCCUGCGUCGCCUGGGUUGUAGGCUCCAUGCGUGGUUACAUCUUGCUCAUGGCAUCACUGAGAGCAUCGCGUGCCAUGUUCCAAGAGCUGUUGGCGGCGGUUCUGCGCGCUCCUCUGAGGUGGAUAGAUACCACCCCGACUGGGCGAAUAAUGAACCGAUUUACAUCCGACUUUGACAUGCUCGAUGCCUACCUGGGACACGAUCUCACCGAAUUGCUUGUCAGUUCUAUGGAUUGUAUGGUGGUGUUACUUCCAAGUAUAUUCGCUAGCCCAUGUUUGACAACCGUCGCCAUUGCGCUCCUCUUACUCUGCGUUUGGUAUUCACGUCAAUACCUCAUCAUGGCUCGUGAGAUGAAAGGACUAGAAAGCGUGGCCCGAAGUCCAAUUUAUGAUCAAAUGAGCAGCUCAAUUAAUGGCCUUUGGACGAUUCGAGCUUUCGGCCGAACGCAAGACUAUAUCGACCGGAUGCAAACAAAUGUUGAUUAUCAUGCUCGAGCGUUGUGGCAGCUUUGGCUACUGAGCCGAUGGCUAGGGUUUCGAAUGAAUAUGAUCGGUACUCUAUUUUGUGUGGUCACAGCAGCCACUGUGGUAUUCCUUGGAGAUGCAGAUGCAGCACUCGCAGGCUUCGUCCUCGGCUUCACCAUACAGCUUAUCCAUUCAAUGACCAAGGCCAUCUUAGCGUAUGCAUGCUUUGAGCUUGACAUGAAUGGUGUGGAACGAGUGCUCGACUACACUCAGAUCAAAACAGAACCUUCCGGGGGACGAGAUCCUCCUGCUGCGUGGCCCACAGAGGGUCGGAUCGAAGUAUCGGACCUUGUUGUGAGCUACGCACCUGAUAUGCCUCCCGUAAUCAAAGGUCUCAAUUUUCAAGUGGAAAGCCAUCAGAGAGUUGGGGUUGUAGGGCGAACCGGUGCCGGGAAAUCUUCCCUAGCGCUCGCCCUAUUUCGCCUCCUGGAAGCGAAAGAAGGAAAGAUUCUCAUAGACGGAAUUGACAUCAGCGACAUCAAGCUCCAUCACCUUCGCACCCGCUUGGCCAUAAUUCUUCAGGAUCCAAUCCUCUUUUCGGGCACUAUUAGAUCCAAUUUGGAUCCCUCCGGGGAGAGAACUGAUAAUGAGCUCUUGCAUGCCCUAAAUGAAGUUCAUUGGUCUCAAACAACACGAACACCUGCAUUUGACAUCCUGCGUGGCAUUGAAGAUGGUUACACUGAAGGGCCUACCGCCAUCCAUCAGGAUUCUUCGGCACUUGAUCAACCCGUAUCAGAACUGGGAGCGAACAUGUCUCAGGGUCAACGUCAGCUGCUCUGCCUUGCCCGUGCGGCGGUUUCUAAGCCAAAGGUUCUAGUCCUAGACGAAGCUACAUCUGCGGUGGACAAACAUACAGAUCGCCUCAUUCAGGAUUCACUGAAGUCAAGCUUUCACAAUACUUCCACCCUACUUGUUAUUGCACACCGACUAAGCACAAUUGUGGAUUAUGACCGCGUUCUCGUUCUGGACGCAGGGAAGGCGGUUGAAUUUGGACAUCCAGCAGACCUUAUGGAGAUCAAAGGUGGCGCUUUCAGAUGCAUGAUAGAUGAAGACCCUGAGCGGGACGCUAUCAAAGAGAGGAUAACGAGAAACUCCGACUGA